AUGCCUCAGCUAGUGGCGGCAUCCACAAACUAUUACUCGCCCCUCUAUGCAGGGCCGUUUGAUUACUUUUUAGCCGGUCGCCUCGGGCAUUCAAAGGAAUAUCGGCGGGUACUUGCAUUUCGGGAUUACAUGCAUUGGGAUAAUAAAAGCUUUCCCCGACAGCCAACGUUGAGCUUGCCAGAUCCUGUAUUUAUACCGGAGUUGGAUUCAUUAUUCCAAAAUUGCAGACAAAAGUCAUCCCUUAUUAGACGAUCCUCAAAGCGGAUUCUGACUCUUGAUUAUCGGCUUCCAUUGGAGAUACUGAUGUGUAUCGCAGACUAUCUUACUACCCAAGAGCUAUAUACCAUGCUGACUGCAUUUGAAGAGGAGUUUCCCAUAGAGUAUUGGAAGCGGCAGAUUCCGGUUGACCUCUUUUUUGAGCUGAACUACGUUGAUUCGGAAUCUUUUCCCUGGGCAUUCUUUGUGUCUGAAGUUCUGAGCCAGAAUCUGCAUGAAAAAUCCGGUGAAUUGUGGAACAGAAUGCAUAUUAUGAAAUUGUUGGCCCCGAUAAAAGAUUACAUGUUACAAGACAAACGGUGA